AUGAAUAAAGGAUAUAUUAAGAUUGCCUUGGCAUUUUUAAGUCUCGCAGGAUAUAUACAAAAUAUAGCAUUUGCAACCGAACAUGCUGCAGAUGUUGCUAGUGAGACCAACCCCGCCCCCCAAAAAAUAUUAUCUGAGGAAUUCGGAGAUUUGGCAUGUGAAGACAUUAAUGAAAUUGAUGUCGCAAUAGAUCAUGCAAACGAAUCAUCAAUACUUUUACUAAAACUUUCUGAGACUGGUACAGACGAUUAUUCGACAUAUUCUAAAGAAAAUGAAAGCAAAAAUAUAUAUUUUAAGAAAAUUGGAAAUAUGGAUAUUGGAAGAUUUCAUCUUACGAUCCCAUCCGCCUCUAAGUACUCUGAUGUAGUAGAGAACAUCUGGGAUUUCAAUCACACCAAAAAAUACGAUUACAAGUUUAUUAAGGGAAAUCUUGCUCGCGUAUACUCCAAAUAUUUAAUUAUCUUUGAAAAACUUAACAUAGAUCCUAAUUAUUCACCCCUCAUAAAAAAAUAUGUUUUAGCCGCAAAAGUUAUACAUUCAAAUGACACAACUGUAAUUGUAUGUCCUUCAAGGCCUUUAAAUUAUCUCGGUAAAUUUGAUGAUGAACCUAAUAUGAAAGAAAUAUUAGAAAAUACUCAACCAAUCCAAACUGACAUUGAUGCUGAGGAAGCAUUAAUUAAAUUGGGUACUAACAUAGCCGGAUUUGUAAUUAAAAAGCGCGACGAUAACGUUCAAGUUACUUAUAUCAAUGCUAUUUAUGAUUCUGGCAAUUCUACCGAAUAUGCCGACGAUAAAAGAGAUAGAAAUCGUGCAUAUGUAAAUAUCCUAAGGUUAGAACCGCAUUUAAUCUAG